AUGGCGAGCUCUCGGAUGACCUGCGUCCCAAUGAGGCCUUCGACGACAUUUUCUAGAUCUAAGAAAAUGUGCAUGCAUUGCCUCAUCGAGGAGGAGGGCAUCGUGCUGAUGCCGGGGAUCUUCGACGCCCUCUUCGCUGGCGUCCUACAGAUCUCCAGAUUCAAAGCUAGAUUUGUCUUCGGAUACGUCAUCUCCACUUCCCGCCUUGAUCUGUACCUUUGUUUGCAAUUUCUAUUUGGAUUUUGGUAUUUUAGGCCUUUGGAGAUGUCCAAUGUUCCUCGAGCGAUUUGCGCCGCAACUCCUAAUGGUGCGUUCAUUGUUAAUGCUGUGGAGGCCUAUUAUGAUUCCAUGAUUGAGCAACAGAUAAAGGUGCGAGACGAAGCAAUCAAAGCAAAGGAGAAAGAACUUCUUGCUGCUCUCAACCAACCUCCCUCAACAGAGGUUCCUACUAGUGUGGGUCAAUCUUCUUCCGCAGAGGUUCCCACGGGUACAGAGGGUGCUUCUGUUUCUCAAGCUGCAGCCUCGAAGGAGACCCUCAAUGAUUCCCCUACGAUUGUAGAACUCCCCUCUCCAGUGUCCUCAAGGAAAUCUCCUGAGAGAGUCCCUGUUCGAAAGAGACGUAAAUUGACUCUUGCCCUUUCUCCAAAGAGGGCAUCUUCCUCCCUUCCUGAGGAUUUCCCCCUUAUGGACACUCAGGGGUUUGUGCACUCUCUUAUUUUUAGGAAUUAUGAUUAUGUUUCGACGGGGUGGUCGUAG